AUGCCCCUGUUCGGAUUCACUGGUAACGAGGUUCAGGUGGUCGGCCAGAUGAAAUUGGCUAUUUCGCUCAAUGAAGAGCCGCUCAGAAGGGCGCGGACCACUAACUUCAUCAUAGUGGAUGCACACUCGGCAUACAACGUCAUUUUGGGCCGACCAGCCCUCACUGAAUUUCGGGUUGUCGUCUCGACAUUCUAUCAGAAGAUCAAGUUCCCUGUCGAGGACCAAGAGGGAGAGUUCGGACUAAAGAACGUCGGUGCCACAUACCAGCGGCUCAUGAACAAAGUGUUCUGGAAGCAGAUCGAGCGAAACCUGGAGGUAUACGUUGAUGAUAUACUUAUUAAAUCAAUCCAAGCGGUCAACCUUUGUGCAGAUAUAGAAGAAACCUUCGGGAUGCUAAGGACAUACGGGGUCAAGCUAAAUCCCCAGAAGUGUCUGUUCGUAGCAAAGAGUGGACGCUUUCUGGGGUACAUCGUUACCAAGCGGGGCAUAGAGGUAAAUCCCAGUAAAGUGAAAGCACUACAAGACAUGUCGCCUCCCAGAAACCUAAAAGAAGGUCAGCACCUCACGGGACGAAUAACUGCGCUGUCUAGAUUUAUCUCGAAGACCGCCGACCGGAGCUUUGCCUUUUUCAAGAUUUUGCGCCGAGCCACCAAGUUCCAAUGGGAUGUAGAGUGCGACAAGGCCUUCGAAGAGCUCAAAGUAUAUCUCAAUUCCUUACCUGUGUUAGCCAAGCCGGUCACCAGGGAGCCCCUUAGAGUGUACUUGUCCUCAACUGGAUAUGUCGUCGGGUCGUCUCUUGUGAGGUCGGACGGCGAGGAACAACCUGUGUACUUCUUAAGUCACCUACUAAAGGAUGCUGAGUCUCACUACAUUGAUCUCGAGAAGUUGGCUUUUGCGCUGGUACUCGCCGCUCAAAGGCUCUGCCCUUAUUUCCUAGCGCACCCGAUCAUUGUGAUGACGAACAACCCCCUGGGAAGGAAGAUCCCCCAAGCAGAGAAUCAGACUACAAAUGAGCUGGUUAAGCUAGCUAGCUCGAUAUCACCGAUCGUCAUUCAACAGCCGAUCGAGCAGAUAUCUCUGGUCGCCCACAUCGACCGGAUGGAGGGGCUCACAUUUUCAAAUGACUGGCGGAUGGCUAUAGCAGAAUUUCUGAAGUCAGGAGCAACACCCUCCAAUCGGGAGGAAGCGCAUCUGCUUAGGAGGAGAUCUGGUCGGUUUGUCCUCAUUGGCGACCAGCUCUACAAAAAAGAAUUCUCUAAGCCUCUGCUCAAAUGUGUUGGUCCGGAGGAUGUGGAUUAUAUUCUGCAAGAAGUAUAUCAAGGGUCUUGUGGAGGACACCCAGGCGGCCGCUCGUUGGCAAGGAAGAUUUUGCUAGCCGGGUACUUUUGGCCGACCCUCCAAGAAGAUGCCGCUCAGACCAUCGCCACAUGCCUUUCCUGUCAGAAAUAUCACAACUCCAUCCACCAGCCUGCUGAGAAGAUGAAGGCGUCUACAGGGUCCUGCCCGUUCGACCAGUGGGGCAUGGAUAUUGUGGGACCUUUCCCGAUGGCGACUGGGCAGCGGAAGUUUUUACUCGUGGUGGUGGACUACUUCUCCAAAUGGGUCGAGGUCGAGCCAUUGGCGAAAAUAACCGAGCAGAUGGUCAAGAAGUUCAUCUGGAAGCACAUAAUAUGUCGAUUCGGUAUUCCAUGUCGGCUCGUGUCUAAUAAUGGACGACAGUUCAUCGGACAGCAACUCCGAGAAUGGUGCGAGGGGUACGACAUUCAGCAACACUUCACCUCUGUAACCUAUCCGCAAAGAAACAGGCAGGCAGAGGUCACCAAUCGAGAGAUCUUUCAGAUUCUUCGAGUUCGGCUCGACCAUGUCGUUGGCAGCUAG